GACUAAGAGUAUGGCGGGUGCCAGGUCGCAUGACCAAACGUCUUGUGCCUGGUGUUGCUCGGGUGCGCACGUACCCGUCGUCACGUUUCCUCACUUCCCCGUGACACCCAGCAGUGAACAGCUGUCUCGAUCCUUACAUGGCGACAGCGCACGUGUCACGUGCUGACCUUCUCGUCAUUCGCUCUCAUUCUGGACAGCGAGGUGCUUGGCUUGUGAGGUCAGAGUGCGUGGCCUGCUCGGUGAGCGUAUCGCUCGGGGUCAGCGGUUAAUUAACAUAUAACAUAUAACACCUCAUUAGCUUCGAACCCGUCAGUCGGGGCAGACAAUCUCUGCCGAGGCUGACGUGCCGGGGAGAUAAGAGAGCGAGAGGACAGAGCGGCGAGGUGCAGCAUCCAUCGCUCCACCUGUCGUCGCCAACAUCAGCCAGGAUUAUCAUCAUCUACAUCACCAAUACUGACCAUGACCGCGCCGCUCCGCUCGCUGCUUGUGGGUGCUGCUGUGUGUCUUGCUUCUGUGGUGGUGACGUCUGGCCGGCUGGACAAUGCUGCGUUCCUCAAACAACUGGAUUUGCUGGCCAACAAUGCCACCCUGCAGCGACUGUUGGCAGAACAAUGGCCACCACAGGAGAGGCUGCUAAAAGCCAACCAGUUCCCAUGUCAAGCACUUAAUGCAUCAAGUGUUACACCAACCUCAGUGCAUAGUCUGAGGCCUGCUGACAUCCGAGUAGUGGGAUCCCUGGGUGACUCUCUCACAGCCGGAAAUGGCAUCAGUGCAACCAACAUAUUUGCUGUUCUGGUUCAGAAUCGGGGUCUGUCCUGGAGUGGAGGUGGUCAAGGUACAUUUGAGACCACAGUGACCAUGCCAAAUGUGCUCAAGAAGUUUAACCCAAACCUCUAUGGUUAUGCCACUGGUGAUGGUGAUGAGGACAGCUCCAGGUCCUAUUUCAAUGUCGCCAUCACAGGGAGUACCUCAAGUGAACUAGAGUCACAGGCAAGAAAACUCAUUAACCGCAUUCGCGGUGACUCAAAGGUGGACUUCAACAAUGAUUGGAAGGUUGUCACAAUCCUGAGUGGGAACAACGACCUCUGUGAUGUCUGUAACGAUCGGGAUAAAUACAGUGCAGACAGAUACAGAGCAAAUCUUAUUGCUGCACUGAAUAUCCUACAAGCUGAACUUCCCAGAACCUUGGUGAACCUGGUUGAACCAAUCAAUAUAGAGAUUGUCACUGAGCUGAACAAGGGGCUAAUUUGCUCAUUACUUCAUUUGUACUUGUGCGAUUGUGCGGCUUUCCCAAAGAACAAAGAAGCAGAAGAGGAGCUAAUCCAUAUCAGGGGAGAGUAUCAGCAGGUAGUAAGAGAUAUUGCUGCCUCUGGCAUGUUUGACACACGAGAUGACUUCACUGUCGUUUACCAGCCCUUCUUCAAGGACACCUACCCUCCAGACCAGGAUGGACAUCCAGAUUACAGUUUUUUCGCCCCAGAUUGUUUCCAUCUGAGUGCCAAGGCACAGCAAGCAGCUUCCAUAGCUCUCUGGAACAACAUGAUUGAGCCUGUCCCAAUGAAAAAAACAAAAUGGCUUCCUGGGGAGCCGGUGGAGUGUCCAACUGAGGAACAACCUUUCAUCUACACAAACAAAAACAGUUUUCGACAAUCAUCAGCAGCCAUGACGGGCUUAGAAGAGAGCAGUACCGUGCUGUAGCUGUUCUGGUUGUGGCUGCUGUCGUGAUCCUGGCAGUCAUUUUCUUUGUUGUACGUUUUGGACGACGGCAAAAUUACGUACCACUGGAGCAACAACAGGUCUGACAUCUGUCAUGAAUGGCCACUAGUUAUCUGCCUUCAUAUAAAGUGAUCUUAUGAUGAACCAUCCUCCAUUUGACACAAGGAGGAAAAGACUAACUGUUGUAAAGUAAUGCUGACUGUACUUACUGAUGUCAAAUGUUUACUAUAGUUGAGUUAUUACUGAUGAUGACUGUUGUUGUUAUAUGAAGAGAUUUAUGGAACAAAGCUGUUACUGAUAUUGGCUGUUGUCAUCCAUGUUUAACUAUUGUUUAUAGUUGUUAUUGAUGUAUACUGACAUUGGCUGUCAUCAUUGAUGUUUGACAGUUGUCACUGAUGAUGACUGUUGUUGCUAGUUACAUGAAGCGGAGAUUUAUGAUAUAACCAUUCCCAUUUCUUUUAUUUAUGACAAAUUGAAGCAUACCUAUUGAUAACAAUGAUUGAAAGCAAUCUAUCAGUAUUGCAGAAGGUUUUUUCCAUUAAAGAUUCUUUCAGAUGGUUGAAGCAAAAAAAAAAAAAAAAAAGGAAUUCUCUAUACAACCAGAAAGAAUCCAUUUUAAGUUUAGUAAUGACAAUCAUCCCCUCCUCUGCAAAUGAUCUUAAAUGUUGGCAACUUUAGUCUGCUUCAAAUUUGCAAGAUUCAAGACUUAAGAAUAUUUUAUGCCUAUGCUCUAUGAAGAACUUUUUCUUCACCUCAAGAAAACACAACCAUUAGAGGAUUCAAUGUUGGAGGUCUGGUGCAGUGCACGAUCUCUGAGUAGCAAGGUCACAGGCACGAGCUGUAUACUCUUAUGUAAAUACAUGUAUUUAUUCAAAAUCACUAACAGGCACAAGCCAUACACUCUUCUGCAAGUACAUGUACAAGAACUUGGCUCAUUUGGCAGCUUCAGGCCACAAGGAAGUGAUUGACUUUCAUAUAAGUAGUCAAAACAAAAUGUUUAUUUUUUUAAAGUAUUACAUUUUUGUCAUUUUACAGUGUGCAUUGUGUCAGGUAAAAAAAUACUUUUCUGUUCUUUUUAAUGUAUUCCUUGACAACAUUUCGGUUUCAUAUGUUUAUGGUGGGUAAAAGAUGCCUUUGAAAUGUUUGCAAUACAAAAUUAUUCCUAUUAUUAUUAUCACUGGGAGAAAUAUGCAUAACUGAUUUGAAACACACCCAGCUCACAAUGACCUCUUAGGAGCAGUGAAAAUAUACAUAAAGCCGUAUGGGGAAAAUGUGAAGAUGAAUAAAAAGCUGAAAUAAAGUAUCUAGAACUG